GAAGACAAAAUAAAUGUGAUAUAAAAAUGAGUGAUGAAAAACAAGAUUCACAUGAUGAAGUUCCAGAACUUGUUAAAAAUGCUGUAUUAGUACAUAGCUCUCCCAUUCCAAUUGGAACACCUAUUGUGAAAGGAUAUGAUUGGAAUAAAGGGAUUGACUAUCAUUUUUUGUUUGAAACAUAUAAAAAUUCUGGAUUUCAAGCAACAAAUUUUGGCUUGGCAGUAGACGAAAUUCAUAAGAUGUUAAAUUCUAGAAAUAUUCCUCUUGAAAAUGAUCAAAUUGAUAUUUUAGAAGAAGAUAAGUUUAUAGAAAGAAAAUCUUCAUGCACAAUAUUUUUAGGAUACACAUCUAAUAUGGCUUCAUGUGGAAUUCGAGAUACUAUAAGGUUCCUUGUACAACAUAAAAUGGUUGAUUGCAUUGUAACCACAGCAGGUGGUAUAGAAGAAGAUUUAAUAAAAUGUUUAGCACCAACAUAUAUAGGAGAUUUUCAUUUAGAAGGAAAAAGUCUUAGACAAUGUGGUAUUAAUAGAAUAGGAAAUUUAUUAGUACCUAAUGAUAAUUACUGUCUGUUUGAAGAUUGGGUCAUGCCUAUAUUAGAUGCAAUGUUAGCUGAACAGAAAACAAAAGGUACAGUUUGGACACCAUCUAAAAUAAUAACAAGACUUGGUGAAGAAAUUAAUAACGAAAAUUCAAUAUAUUAUUGGGCUGCAAAAAAUAAAAUCCCUGUGUUUAGUCCUGCAUUGACAGAUGGCAGUCUUGGCGAUAUGAUGUAUUUCCACACUUUUAGAAAUCCAGGCCUAAUUAUAGACAUACUUUCAGAUCUUAGGCGAUUGAAUACAAUGGCUAUGAAAGCAGUGAAAAGUGGUAUGAUCAUCAUUGGAGGUGGUAUUGUAAAACAUCACAUUUGCAAUGCAAAUCUUAUGAGAAAUGGAGCUGAUUAUGCCGUAUUUAUAAAUACAUCUUCAGAAUUUGAUGGUAGUGAUAGCGGUGCUCGACCAGAUGAAGCCAUUUCGUGGGGUAAAAUUCGAAUGGAUGCAAAACCAGUUAAAAUUUACGCAGAAGCAUCUCUAGUGUUUCCACUUCUGGUGGGAGAAACUUUUGCGCGACAUUAUCAUUUAACAAAAGAAAAAACUGUUUCAGACGUUUAA